UUUACUUAUUUGUCCACCUCUAACCACAUUGUUGCCAAAUCAUCAUUAACAAAUAUUAUAUCUUUGCCAUAUUUAUCUUUGGUGCCAACUUUGUUGUUGAGUUGAAAGAAAAUUCAAACUUUUAAAUUUCCCCCUUCUUUUUACUGAAUUGGCUGACCUGGGCUUCAAAGACACUCAGAAUACGGUCCAUUUGCAAGGAGGCCCAGUUCAAUACAAACAAAAAAAAUUCAGAACAGCUGUACUUCAUUUUGGCGGUUUAGGUUUUAGGCAACAAAUUUCUCUCUCUCACGAUGCAAACAGAAAGGCUAAUCCAAAAGUGUGAAAAUGCUUCACAAGAACAAACAAAACCCAUAACUCUCCUCUGCAUUUCUAUCCCAAACGAUGAUAAAAAUUGUCAACCUGUCCACAUCCAUUUUGAUAGCAUCCCAAAAUUAUCAAUUUCAAUGCAUUUUUUCAAUUGAGGACAGCUUUAAUCAAAGGGUUAUCUGGAACCAAAUCAGAACCAAUUUCUUGGUGAUGUGAAGCAUUUGAAACCCUAAUCUAUGAGGUACAGAUAUUUCAAAUUCUGAAAUUUCAAUUCUCCCCCCAAAAUCAACUGUUUUGUUCGAUUAUUGUUUUUCCUAUAAAAGGGACAAUGAAAGCAACAUCAUUGCUGCCAUCCUCCAACUUCUCUCUUUGGUUUCAAAUUUCAAAUUCUCCCACAAUUCUCCUUUGGUUUCAUCUUCCACACACUCUCUCCAUCUCUCUCUCUUAGAUUCAAAUAUGAGUGAGAUUCAAAGAUGAGAUGAGCAAAGAAUUGGAAAAAAAAAAGGGAAUUUCAAUAGAAGAAGAAAGAGAGCAGAAGAGACAGAAGGAGAGAACGAGAGGUUGAAGAAGGAUUUUGAGGAAAUAAAGCUGGGAAUGGAAGAACUGAAGAAGAUUUUGGUUAUACUCAUAAAGAAAAAAGGAACCUAUGAGUGGCUAUGGAUUUGUUCUCAAUUGAUAGGUUGUAUAUUAGGAUUUAGAACAAGCUACUGUCAAUACAUAAUUUAUGCUCUGCGUUAGUUAAUGUGACAUCCACACCAUUCAGGCUAUAAAUACAAGAAUACAAGAAUUGUGUUUUACUAUGUGAAUGUUGCGGGUAUAUCAGCAACCAAAGAGAGUAAAGCUGAAUUUCAUUCAUCAGGAGCAACUGGAUUUUGGAUUUGUUUUGCAUAUGAGUUAUGUAUUUUUCCUGCUCAUUUAUGAAUUUAAAUGUCCAAUUAUAUGUGACUGUUUGGAGCCAUGACAGUUUUUUUAUCACUUUGAAACAAUAUUUUGUGUGGAAGGUUUUAGUUUUGAAGAUCAUAAACAUGGUGGACCAGUUAUAGCAAAGAGGAAUUAAUUAAAACUUUAACCUUACAAUAUUUUUUAAGUGCUAUACAAAUCACUUCAGUGAAGAGGGAGCCCAUAAGAUCGGCAUUUGUUUUUAUGUGUAUAUUUAGAUUAAAAAUAUAAAACGAGGGAGAUUCUCUUACUUCAUUGGUUUAGAUGUGAUGUUAUUGUCAUUCUGUUAAUGAGACUAUUUAAUUUUAAGCUAUUAUUGUAUUGAUUAGGAUAAUGAAACUAUGGAGGACUUACGAGAAGAUAUUACAUCCUCUGGUGUUUGGACAUAGCUCACAACAAACAAGAGAUUCAAAUUCUUGCAAAGAGUACCUUAGGCUUAGGCCUAACAUGAAGGUAACAUCUUUUGUAUUGUUCCUACUGAUCAUCUCAAGUGCUCAAACUACAUCAAAUGAAGUUGAAGGCAGAAGCCUAAUCCAAAGCAAUGAACAAGGAAAAAAGAGCUUAAUGAUGGAAAAUUUAAAUGGAAACGGUACCAUAGAAGUCUCGACAAGUUUGAACAACAAAAAUGCGACUCUGGCAAGUAAAUAUGUACAUACACAUGCAAUGUUAAAAGCUUCAUCGGCAGGAGGUAGAAAGGGAGGAGGUGGAUUUGGAGGAGGAGGUGGAAAGGGAGGAGGAGGAGGUGGAAAGGGAGGAGGAGGGGCCGGUGUAGUGGGAGGUGGGGUGGCAGGUGGAGUUAUCGGUGGUGGAAUUGUCGGCGGCUGCCCACCAUUGAUUCACCUACUGUUACUGCCCACCAUUCAGCUACUUCCCACCAUACGGUUAUGGAUACCCCUAUGGAUAUGGACACAGAUACAACAACUCUUAUAAUUCUACGACAACAUCAUCUGCAGGGCCUCACUUUUGUGUCACCACAUUUGUUUUAUGUUUGAGCUUUUUGGCUUUAAUCACAUUGCUUCACCCCAAGUAGUUAAGUAGUAUGAUGUUUAGUUGUUUUUGUUUAGACCUAAAAUGAUCCCUUUCUUAGUCUUGACUACUAAAUGUAUAUUUUGGUCACGAUUAAUAUCAUGUUUUCUUGUUAAUGUUUGU